UUCUUUUAAAGACUAAGUAAAUAAAUGAAAGAAUGAAUGAAUGAAUGAAUGAAUACUGUGUUAAAAAAGUUUCAGCAAAGCUUGUGAUCAUGAGAAGAGUCUGUGUGGAAACCACGGUGAUGUGAUCGUGUUAAAGUCACAGUGGUUACAGUUACAGGUCACUGAUGAAGGACAAACAGACAGAGGACGUGAGGACGUGAGGACGGAGCUGCUUUGUCUUUACUCUCAUCUCUUUAUGUCUUCUUCAAAUGACUGCAGCUGACAACCCUGAUCGUUUAUUUCAGCUCUGUCGUCUCUGGACGACGAUCAAUGGGAAUCCAAUUACUCAAGUAGGCCAGAGAGUGAGGGAGGAUCACAGAGGAACUGGGUGAUUGGUCUCUGGAACACACAGGAACACAGUGGCAUCCAGGCGUCAUUCUGGAGGGAAAGGCCUCAGUCCAGUUCAGCAGGGAGGAUGAAGGUGGUGAGGGGGCCACGUCCUCAAGUCCCGGUCCCACUGCGCUUCCUCUGACCCGGGCAGAGAGCGCCACCGCUUGGCAGAGCGAGAGCCUGCUGGCAGAGUCCUGGUCCACGAUGGGCGACGUGGACAUGGACGUGGAGGACGCCAAGAGCCUCGACAGCAGUGAUGAUGCACUUCAGGGUGGGGAGGAGAACCACUUCUCCAACUCUGACAUGGUCCACCUGGAGCUAGAGGAGGUGGAGAUGCUUGAGGAGGCAGAGAAGAGAAGAGAAGAGGAAGAGGAGGAAGACGCUGAGGAGAUGCAGAUGAGUGUGAUGAGUGUUUUAGGUGGGGAGGAGGAGCAGGAGAUCCAGGCUCCAGAAACUGAGGAGAUCCUGGUGUCAGCAGAGGAACCGUAUGUGGAGAAGGAGCCAACAGUGUUCAGGCAAGUGGUUCCUCCGAUGGCGCUGCCUCAUCUGCCAAUCCUCAAGCUCGAUCCACCGUCCACAGCGUCCACCCCGGUCUCCUCAAGCAUCCUCUUUGAAGCUGAGCAGCUUUAUUCCGGUCAGGGUCUCCAUCCUCCGUUCAUCCUCGCACCGAUGGAACCGGAGCCUCCAGUAGAAAGUCUGGAGCAUCUGAAGUUCUCACAGAUCCCUCUUUCAGAUCCACAGGAACAUUCAAAGUCUGAAUCGGCAGCAGAAAAGCUGAAACCAGAGCCCAGUGUUCCAAAGACUGUCCAACACGUGAGCUCCACAGAGCUGCUGUGUGGAGGCGCUGCUUUAGUGGCCGUCGUCGGCGUGCUGGCGUAUGGAGCUGUGGUCUACUGCAGGAAGUAGAGAAGCUCUCCUUCAACCCUGAAUCACACGGUCUGAUUAAUUAUUCCACUUCACUCUCUCUAAAUCUGGUUUGCACCACAGACUGUAAAUAAAGGGUGAACGCAGUCUUCUAAAUGUGGACGUUCACAGACUUCACCUGACGGACGAGCUCAGCUGUCGUAUGUUCAAUGUAAUGUAAUGUCAUUUAUCAUCUGUAUGAAAAACUGACUUCAUGAAUCAAAUGAGAAGUCGCCUCAUUUUCCCACUGACUACCAUUUAAACUCACUUCUAUUUGCAACCAGCAAAGUCGCCCCCUGGUGGCUAACUGCUGCCCCCUUACAUCCAUUGGUAAUUACAGUCGGUGGUUUUCAGUCUUUGUGUUGCAGUUCUGUUGAUUUGUUUUCUGCUACCUCAGCUCAGCUCAGAGCUCAAGGCCUUUUCCUCUCUGUGCAACAGAAACGUAAAUUCGAAAGAAUCCCUGAAACUUGAAA